AUGGAGUUCAUGAAGGUUUUUUUCGUCGCCUUUCUUUUCUCUGCAGGCCUCCUGGCUAUGGCGAACCCAAUUGAGGGGACUAUUGCCACAAGUUCGAUGAUAUACACUGGCCCAAUUGCACCAGGGGGAAAGAAUAUGACACUUGAAGGCACAGCGGAACAGAUUUAUUAUCAGAUUCUCAAACUAAACCCUACUUACCGCCCAGAAGACUUUUUGACCCCUGCUACGAACACUAGAUUUAAGUUAGAGGGACGGGGAAGGCGGCACAUCAAGGGCAUGGCGCGGCAAAAUUCAAGAGGGCAUCUCCUACCUAAGACGUGUCCCCCAAUCCGGACACUGCAGGGUUCAAGGAAAUCGAUCUUGUAA